AUUAACAGUGCUGUCUUCAUGCUCAUAUUCUUGGUAAAAGUAACGAGUUGUUCCCUUGUUUUAUCAGAAGUUGAGCCUGGCAUCACCAGCCGGGCACCAGAUGACGUGGACAUGAACGUUACAGGGUUGGACAAUGAUACGCUGGAAAUGCUGAACAGUGUCGCCGUUAGGACCAUCGUUCCCACCAUUUACCUGGUCGUUAUCAUCAUCGGCCUGCCCAGCAAUGUCAUCUCCUUCUCACUGCUUUGCUUCCACACCCGCCCGAAGACUCCCUUGGUCAUCUUCAUGAUCAACCUGGCCAUCACCGACCUUCUGCUGGCCAUCUUCCUCCCCUUCCAGAUCGCCUACCACCUCAACCGCAGCAACUGGAUCUUUGGCAGGUACCAUUGCACCUUCGUCACCACCUUGUUCUACGCCAACAUGUACUGCUCCAUCUUGACCAUGACGUUCAUUAGCAUCGAGCGGUACGUCGGGGUGGUCCACCCCAUCUGGUACAGCGCAGGGUGGAAAAGCAGGAACGCCGUGAUCGCUUGCCUGGGGAUAUGGGCGACUUUACUGAUUGUCCUGCUGCCCUUUGAAUACAGCGACCUGACCUUUGACGUCCAGGAGCUGAACAUAACGACGUGUUUCGACGUACUCAAGAAAAACAUGCUUCCCGACGAGAACGCCUGGGUGUUGUUCCUCUUCACCCUGUUUGUCCUGCUCUUCCUGAUCCCGUUUACCGUCACUAUCGUCUGCUAUGUGCUGGUCAUACUGAAACUCUCUCGAACAUCUCACAACACAACAGCACACAAGAAGAAGAAAAGAGCGGUCUACUUAGCUGUUACUGUUCUCUUGGUCUUCAUCACAUGCUUUGCGCCCAGCAAUAUUACUCUCUUAAUUCACAUUGUACUGAGGUUCGGAUAUGACACAGGUUGCUACACAGCCUACAAACUGACCUUGUCGCUCAGCUGUGUGAACAGCUGUCUCAAUCCAUUUAUCUUCUGUUUUGCUUCAACCGAGUUCCAGAAACGGGUGCACCGUUUAUUCAAUUGGAGGCAGUCUCGUGAUCAACAGGGCAGAUCUAUGCUCCCGUCUGGAAGGUUAAGCUCUGUUCAGAGUAAAUGAAAUAUGCCCAGUCAAGUUUAUUCGUCACCUACACAUACGAGAUGUGCAGUGAAAUGAAAAGUGGCAAUGCUCAUAGAAACAUAGAAACAUAGAAAAUAGGUGCAGGAGUAGGCCAUUCGGCCCUUCGAGCCUGCACCGCCAUUCAAUAUGAUCAUGGCUGAUCAUCCAACUCAGUAUCCCAUACCUGCCUUCUCUCCAUACCCCCUGAUCCCUUUAGCCACAAGGGCCACAGACUUUGUGCAAAAAACAAACAAACAAACGGAAUGGAACAGAAUCACAUAUUAUUUUACAUAUUACAUAUUGUGGGUGGAAUGGAAAAAGGAAAAAAAACAGCAAUUUAAAAAAAAAAACAGUAGAAUGGUACAGUAAAGUUAGUGUUUAAGAAGGAACUGCAGAUGCUGGAAAGUCGAAGG